UUUUUUAAAAAAAAAACCCUUUAUUUUUCUUCCUCUGUUUUUUCAAGAAACACCAAAAAAAUACAUUUUUUUUCAAAAAAUAAAUUUCAAGAAUGAAUAUUUCAGGUUCUGAAUGUAGCAGUGGUUGUGAAUCUGGAUGGACAAUGUAUUUAGAUCAAUUUUCAGCAGAUCAAUACAAUAACAGAAGAGAUGUUAGCCAUAAUAAUAAUAAUCCAUAUGGGAUUAAUUAUAAAACAGAGUAUGUUAGUAAUGAAGAUGAAGAAGAAGAUGAAGAUAUGUCUAUGGUUUCUGAUGCUUCUUCUGGUCCACCACAUUUUCAUGAAGAUUAUUGUUUUGAUGAAAAUGGAUAUAUUUUCUAUCCAUCUGCUUCUCAAAACACUAAAAAAGCUAAAGAAAAGAGGAAAAUAAAUGAACAAAAAGUGAAAAAACAGAGUCUUUAUCUUGAUGACACUGCUAGUUCUCCUUUCUCUAAUUUCCCUAAGGAUGAAAGAUGUUAUAAUGAUAGAACUUCCAUGGAGAUGGUAACUGGCUUCUCUGAAACACAUUCAAAGGGUAAAUCUGUUUUGGGAAAGCAUUUUGGAUUCUUGAAAACAUCUGUGAGUGGAAGAACUUCAUCAGAAAAAUCUAGUGGAUUGGAGGGAAGAAAGAGGCAAUAAGAAUUGG